AUGUCUCAAUCUCUAAAUCAGGAUGCCAUUGAUGAAGCAAUUGCAUUAGAUUUGCAGUUUGAUGAUUUAUACCUAACGAUUAACGACCAGUAUAUCGCAUUGAAAAUCAAACAAAACGAAGAAGCGAUGUCCAUACAAGCUGAUGAAGAUUAUGCAAAAAUGUUGCAAUUACAGGAAGAUGAAGAAACAGCAAAAACCUUGCAUGCCAUGGAAGAAAAUCCUCCGAACAUUCCUCAGUCCGAUGUUCCUUCGACUAGUAGGGACACAAGUGGCCUUAACGAUGGUGAUAGGCGUCAGGAUCAGCCUACCCUUGUUGUUAACCAAACUGCUAUUGAGAACAACAAUCCCGGAAAUGGGUCAGGAGAAUCAACCGAGGUAGUCAAUAAAGAAGGAUUACCAGAAAAUAUAAUCUCCGGGUUACCAACUCAAAAGUACAGUCGCAAAACUUGGUGGUGGUCAAAGAAAACUUUUGUUCCUGAUAGAAAAGAGUGUUCUAUAUGUAUAGCCGACUAUGAGAAGGGAGAUAAGAUAACCAUCUUACCAUGUAAACAUGCCUUCCAUAAGGAUUGCAUUGCAAAUUGGUUAAAAGAAAACAAGGUAUGA